AUGGCCGUCUCUACGGUUCGACGGGUCCUGGGCUCGAUUCCCAAGUCUCAGCGCUUCGAUUUCAUCCGCACAAUGCUACACACGCUAUUUCGUUUACUGCGCAUCGUUAUCUCAUUCGUGCUGUUGCCGUUGGAUAACGCCGUCCUGCUCGGGACGUACUUUGGUCACUAUCUCACCCUGCUUCGAUUAGCCGUGUACCGUCCUCGCCAGGCGAUUCCUCGCGAUGCGGAAUUCCGUCAGAAAACCGUUCUCAUAACUGGUGUCAAUUCUUUGCAUGGGUUGGCUGUGGCAAGACGCUGGUAUCAUGAGGGGCAUCGGGUGAUUGGGGCGGACAUGAUGGACUCGCCGAUUCGGUCGGGCGAGAGCAUGUCCAAGUCGCUGGCGGCAUUUUACGAUGUCGUCAAGACGCAAUAUAUUUCGCAGUUGGUGGAUAUCGUGCAUAGAGAAAAGGUGGAUGUGUGGAUACCUUGUUCGGAGCAGGUGGAUACCAUGGAGGAUGCGGUUGCGAAGAAUAUCAUCGAGAGUCGGACCGAGUGUCGGUGUAUCCAGCUGGAUCCGGAACUGGCGAGUCGGUUUGGUUCGCCGGAGUCGUUGAGAGAGUAUCUAGUCGAGAGGGACUUGCCUGUUGUUGAGAAUCAUCAGGUGCAGUCGCGGGACUCGGUUCAUAAGAUUCUGCAUCGGUCGCCUAGUAAGGCGUAUCUCAUGCGGAGGGCUCGUGGGCAGGAUACCCGGCCUGUUAUGCUGCCGAAGAGGACGCUUAGUAUGACGUAUCACGAGGUCAGCGAGAUCCAGAUCAACAAGGACAAUCCGUGGAUUUUGCAGCAGCAGACCCGUCUGGGAGAGUUUAUUGCGGAGGUGCUGGUCGUCCAGGGACAGGUCAAGGCUAUCAAGGUUAGACCUGGGGAUCUACAGUCGGCGUGGGGUGCUUCGCGCUUGGAUCAGGGACUGGCUAUAUCCAUCCACCGUCUUAUGGAUAGGUUCGCGGUGAAGGGUGGCUCUCGUCUGACCGGACACCUUGCUGUUCAUCUAAUGGUGGACGAGGAGUUUGAUGCCAACUCUGUCCGACAUGUCCUGCACAUCGCACACUGUACCCAAGGCGCCGCAGCCGUCAAGACAUUACUUCAGGGCCCAUCAUCCGAUAUAGUCACCGGCUACCUAUCCGUCCUAGCAUCGCAAGCCACCGAAGCCUCAGGCCAACUAAGCGAAACCCCAUUUGAAGAUGUCAAAGCUACCAUCGCAACCACAGACAGAGCAAAGGAAUCGAACACAAACACGCUGAAGAAGAUCCUCUCUCCAACCUUCCUAGUCCAACAAGCAAAAGAAGCUGCCUGGGAAGUCUGCCACGUACCCUUCUGGAAAGACCCGCGCUUCUCCUACUCCGACCCGUUUCCGUGGUGGUGGCAUACACAUGUCUACAUGCCAUUCCGGGAGAUUGGGGUGGCUUUGUAUCGAGCGCCGUUGAAGCAGGAUUGA